CUUGUUCCAAGUCGUCUCUUCACUUAGUGUCCCGAGGAUAACUUGUGUACAAUUUCCCUCGUAGAAAUUGGCGAGCCGUGUUUCUGCACGAACCGCUCGUGCGCUGCCUCCCUCGUGUCGUCCUUUCUUCCAUUGAUCUGCUAAUUUUGCUUCUCUGCCACUAUGGCUGCCACUCUCUCGUCGCCCUGCCUAUCCGGCGUUCUAACAACACCCGCCACGAAGCAAUUGCAGCUUAGACUCCAAUCAGCUAGCCAUGUCUCGCUAGCUCCUGUCUCCGUCUCAGCUCCACGAUUCGCUGCGGGGGUUCAGGGACGAUGGAGCGCAUCCGGCGGCGCGACGACAAGAGCCAUGGCGGUCGACGCGCAGAUUGAGGGAGCGACGGCGGCGGCGGAGGGGGAGCGGCCAGUGAUGCUGGAAGUAAAGGGCCUGAAGGCGGUUAUCACGGAAUCAGGGAAGGAGAUUCUGCACGGCGUCGACCUCUGCAUUCGCGAAGGCGAGGUGCACGCGAUCAUGGGGAAGAACGGCUCCGGAAAGAGCACUCUCUCGAAGGUGCUGGUGGGACAUCCAGACUACGAGAUCACAGGGGGCACGGUGACGUACAAGGGGGAGGAUCUGCUCGAGUUGGAGCCCGAGGAGAGGAGCCACGUGGGCGUGUUCCUCUCCUUUCAGUCGCCCGUGGAGCUGCCCGGAGUCAACAACGUCGACUUCCUCCGCCUCUCAUGCAACGCGCGCCGGGCAGCCAAGGGGUUGCCGGAAAUGGAGCCACUAGAGUUCUACGGCUUCCUGAGCCCCAAGCUCGAGGAGCUGAACAUGGACCUCAAGUACCUGCAGCGCAACGUGAACGAGGGCUUCAGCGGCGGCGAGAAGAAGCGCAACGAGAUCCUCCAGCUGGCGGUGCUGGACGCUGAGCUGGCGAUCCUCGACGAGAUCGACUCGGGGCUGGACGUGGACGCCCUCAGGGACGUGGCCACGGCGGUGAACUCAUUGAAGAGGCCCGAGAAGGCCGUGCUGAUGAUCACUCACUACCAGCGGCUGCUGGACUAUAUUAAGCCGGACUACAUCCACAUCAUGGAGCAAGGCCGUAUUGUGUUGACGGGUGAUGCGUCCCUGGCGUUGCAGCUGGAGGAGAAGGGCUACGCAGGCAUCCAGAGCUAGAAACGGCUCUGCAGACCAGUUUUUUGGGGCUUAUAACAGGACAGGAAGGUUUGGGUGGGAUGUAGGGGGAAAAAACUUAUAAUUCUUCUCUAUGCUGCUUCUAAACAUAAAGAAGGGAAAGUAUCCCGGCACUCAGUAUUAGGGGCCUCGAUAAUAUGUACGGUCAGUGACACGAUAUAAACAAUCAGAAUUAGC